AUGCACGCCAAGACCAUCUUCGCCGCGACUUUUGUCGCCCUCGCUCAGUUCGCUGUCGCUUCGCCUCCGGGCUGCCUCCUCGGCGCUGUCAACUCCUACGAGGACCCGGCGGACAUCGAGGCCGUCUGCAAGGACAAGGAUCUCAGCAGCAAGAUUGAGAAGAUCUGCGGUGACGAUGCGUCUGCCGCCAUGAGCGCCAUGGCCGAUAUCUGCAAGGAAAAGGGCGUCAAAGUUGACACCGCCUCCAAGUCCCCAUCUCCCUCCAAGACAGGAUCCGGCGCCCACGCCGCCGGCACCGCGAGCGCAGGCAUCUACCCAACCGGCAGCGGCGGUAACUCGACCGUUCCCACCGUCACCGGUGGCCCUGCUGCUCCCCCCGGCGGCGCUGCGACUGGUACUUCCACCGGCGAUGUCCCCGGGCAAGCCGGCGCUGCUAGUCGCUUGGAGAUGGGUGUUGCUGCCAUCUUGGCUGGAUUCGUCGCCGUCGCUUUGUAG